AUGGCCGUUGCUUCGCUCCGCGGUGCCGGUGGUCUCGCCUGGCGCCUGGGCGGCGUGGCACGCGGCCCACUGAAGCGCAGAGCCUUUGCGGCGGCGGCAAAUCCGUCGAAUCGCUACAUUAACUUGGGAAAGUUCGAGACUAUGGGCCUCGACCUGGGUCGUGCUGCAACUGGUUUGGCGUAUCUGCAGGAGACGCUGGAGGUUCAACAGAAGGAAUACGAGGCUGAAACGCUUCCAUUUCGCAAGUCGGCCAUCGGAGUCAGCUUGGCCAAGAGUCUCCAUGAGGUGGGGCGUCAGAACCACCAGCUGGGGGACGCCGAGACGGCCAUCGGACAGUACCAAAAUGCCCUGCAACUGCUGUCGGAAGCCAUCGACUUUCGGGAGAAGGAUGCGAAGUUGACCAAGGCCUUGAUUCACACGCGCUUCGUGAAAUCUGAGGUUUGCAGCAGUUUGGGCGUGGCCUACUUUGAUCUGGGGCAGCCGGAAACCGCCUUGGCUCAUCACCAGGAAGCGCUACAGCUGAGGAAAGAUCUGGUUGGACGAGAUCACCCAAGCGUGGCCGAAUGUCUCAACAAUCUGGGCAGCCUCCACUACGCGCGUGGAGCUUUCGAGAAGGCCGCGGAGAAUUUCGAGGAGGCGCUUGAGCUGUUGCCCUCGCAGGAAACACCUUAUGUGGCAUUGGCUCUCUACAACUUGGGCUUGUGUCGUGCCCACCAGGGGCAGCCUGCUGCAGCUGGAAGCGCCCUGAAAAGGGCGCUGAAGAUUGCAGAACGGUCACUGGGGCCGUCGCAUCCGCAGACAGAUCUCAUCCGCAGCACUUUGCGCGGUGCGGAUGCGCAAAAAGCGCCACCGGGUGACGUUGGGCCGGCGGGAAGCGUCCCAGAGACGGGAGAGGUUGGCGGUUCCAAGCCUUAG